AUGGAUUUCCAGGUGUUUCAUCUUCCAAUUUUCUCAAAAUUUACAGAAUUUUCCAGAUUUUCAUCUCAAAACCCGAUGGUUCAACUCCAUAUAUUCGAUUCAUUUUUCUUUAUCCAAUUCUCGUCGCAAUUUUCUCAACAAUUUAUUUGAUUUUCUUCAUUUCGUGCUCGAUUUGGCGCUGUUCAAUUAUUCGAAAACAAGAUGAAACGGUGAGAUUUUUCAAAACUUUGCGAAUGAAAAAAAAUAAUUUUUAAAUUCUAAAAUUUCCAGGUCAAACGACUAUCCGACAGGAAUAAUGUGGCUAUUUCUUUAUAA